AUGGCGGACGCAAGCUGGUCAGUCAUUCAUGGCGCUUUAACGUCGCUGACGGCUCGAGACUGGACAGUGGCUUUUAUAUCGUGUUGGUUUGUGUUUAAAGUCUUGCAGGCGUUAUAUAAUGUCUCGCCUCUUCAUCCGCUGAGCAAGAUCCCUGGUCCGAAACUCGCCGCUGCUACGUAUCUGCCUGAAUUCUACUACGAUGUCAUCCUCGUCGGCCGCUAUACCCAUGCUAUCAAGCAGAUGCACGAGAAAUAUGGCCCCAUUGUCCGCAUCAAUCCCAAUGAGCUGCAUUGCGCUGACAUGUCAUUCUCGGAUGAGAUCUACGCCGUCGGCGGUCGCAAACGGGAUAAGCCCUUCCAUCAAGUGAAUGGCUCAGCAGCUGGCACGGGAAACGCCUUUGGAACCCCCGAUCACGAUCUCCAUCGCGCCAGACGUGCACCCGUCGCCAAGUUCUUCUCGCGAGCCAUGAUUGCACGUCUCGAACAAGAAGUCCACGACCUGGCGCAAAAGCUGUGCAACAAACUCCUGGCCGAGAACAAGGAUGAAAAAGACCGCAAACCUUUUGAGAUUGCGCACGCAUACAGUUGCUUUACCUCUGAUGCCAUUUCAAGCUAUUGUUUCGGCGAGGCUUUUGGAUUGUUAUCGCGAAGUCAGUGGCAGCCUAACUAUCGUGAAGCUACUCUCGCGGUUCUCAAGCCAGUGUUCUUCUUUCGCUUCUUUCCUAUCCUUGUCUCUAGCGUUAAGCUAGGUAAGUAUUUUAUCAACAUUCUUCCGACUGAUAUUGCGCUUCUUAUUCGAACCUUACAAAUCGACAUUCCGUCUCGUGUCCAGAAAACGAAGAAUGAACUUGAUGCAGGUAUUGUUUAUGAUCGGCCGACAAUUUUCGCUGAUCUGCUUCAAUCUGAGCUUGAUGAUGGUGAGAAGAAGCAGGAUCGUCUUGUCGAGGAGGCUGUUACUAUUGUUAACGCUGGAACUGAGACUACCAGCUGGGCGUUGGCUGUGAUUACAUACUUUCUUUUAUCACAGCCCGAGACGCUUGCCAAGUUGCAAGAUGAAUUGAAGCAAGUUGUCGAGGACCCAUGCCAUUUGCCUUCUUGGACGACACUGGAACAGCUUCCGUAUCUUGGGGCGGUCAUCAAUGAGGGCCUGCGUCUAUCAUACGGCGUCUCUAGCCGCACGGCUCGCGUGCCGACGGCAGAAGACCUUGUUUACCGGGGAGAAUUUAACAAGAAGCCAACAACCUUAGUACUGCCUCGAGGAUAUGCGAUCGGGAUGUCGGCGGCUAUCGCACAUCACGAUGAGUCCGUCUUCCCAGACUCUUACAUCUUUGCUCCUGAGCGAUGGAUCGACGAGGAUAACAAGAUCAGAAAGGAUCUGGAGAAGUCAAUGAUUGCGUUUUCGAAGGGCAGCCGUGGAUGUCUUGGUAAAAAUCUCGCAUUAUGCGAGCUGUACCUCUCUCUUGCUGCUCUGGUUCUAAGGGUAAUGCCCUGCAUGCGUCUAUACGAGACGACGGAGAAGGAUGUUUGCUAUGACCAUGACAUGUUCAUUCCGAUGACGGAGAGUGGAAGCAAGGGAGUCAGAGUAAUCAUCGAGAGCUAG